AUGGGCGCGGAUGCGCUCCUCAGCGCGGCGCAGUGGGAGGUGUCCAAGGCGUUAGCUCCCGUCGCGGAUGGCGUGCUGGAGGCUUGGGCGGACAGCAUGAACCUUGGUCUCAACAUCGAGGCCAUAAGGACGGAACUGCUGCUCGUGCAGGCCACGCUUGAAAACGCUGCACGCAAGGAGCUUGGCGGCUCGGCCAUGGAGAUGAUGCUGGAGAGGCUGCGGGUCUCGGCACACUUUGCCCAAGACUUGCUGGACGAGCUGGACUACUUCCGCAUCCACGACAUGCUCCACAACAAUUACGAGGCUGCCGACCUGCACGCCUUCGAUGCCCGCCACACCGCCAAAGGUAUCAGCAAACUGUUCAACUGUUGCCGUUGGCAUCGGCAGAGGCCACGCGGCAAUUCCUCAUCAGCUCCAAACGUCAAUCAGGAGGAAACACCACAACUUGAGUUUAAUAGGGUUGAUUUAUCUCAAAGGAUGAAGGUCAUUGUAGAGAAACUGCACCUUAUGUGUAAGGAUAUUAACGGCGUUCUACAGGGUCGUGACACUAGAAGUCUCCCCAACAUUGCCCAAAAUCGUCCUAUCAGCAUAGGUCAAGUUGAUGAGCCAAAGCUGUAUGGGAGGGACCGUGUCAUGGAUAGCAUCAUACAUGUCAUCACCAAUGGUCAAUACUGUGAUAAGGAUCUAACUGUGCUUCCUGUUGUUGGUCCGGGGGGGAUUGGGAAGACAACUCUGAUACAACAUAUAUAUUGCGACAGACUUGUGCAGAAGCAUUUUCGAGUCAUGAUUUGGACAUGUGUAUCGGUCAAUUUCAAUCUGGAUAAGGUGCUAGAACACAUUAGAACAUGUACCCCUGAAGUUCGAUAUGAAAGAAAGGGCAGUACAACUGAAGAGCUGAUUGAAGAAAGAUUGAGAUCUAAAAGGUUCUUACUUGUAUUGGAUGAUAUGUGGCAGGUUAGUAAUUGGGAUGACUGGGGAAGAUUAUUGUCGACUCUCAGUAGGCCACAAGUGGAUGGUUCCAUGAUUCUCGUCACAACUCGGUUUCAACCAAUAGCACAGAAGGUUAAAACAACUGGCCACUCAAUAAAGUUGAACGGCUUAGAAACUGAAGAUUUUAGACGGUUAUUCUUUGCAUUUGUCUUUGGCGAUGAGGGAUGUCCAAGGGAUAAAGAUUUUCUGCUUGAGAUUGGAGAUAAGAUAAUGGAAAAACUAAAGGGAUCCCCUCUUGCAGCAAAAACGGCUAGUAGAUUACUCUAUAAAGACCUUAAUUUGCAGAAUUGGAAUAGGGUCUUACGAAGUAAAGGAUGGGAGAAGGAGAAUGCUGACAAUGAUAUUAUGCCUACCUUGAAGCUUAGCUAUGACUUUCUCCCUGUUUAUCUGCAACAAUGUUUUGCCUGUUCUGCAUUGUUUCCUGAAGAUUAUCAUUUCAGAAGUGAUGAGCUGAUCAAUCUAUGGAUCGGACUAGAUAUUUUGAUACCUAGCGGACAAAACCAAACAUUUGAAGACAUAGGUCUGAGCAAUUUGAAUGAGUUAGUCAUGCAUGGAUUUUUCAAAGAAGAGGAAAUUGAUGAUGGUCCGUGUUAUGUUAUGCACCUAAUGCAUGAUUUGGCACUGAAGGUUGCAUCUCAUGAUUAUCUUAGUUUACGUCUUGGUAGUGUUGGAUCAGUAGAGAUUCAGUCAACCACCCGUCACUUGUCUAUAAGCACAGAUGAUUUAGGUAAAUAUGAUGCAGUGUCUGGUAAAAAAUUAAUGAGUGAAUUGGAAGAACUGAGGACAAGAUUUAAGGUUGAAGAUUUGCAAACAUUGAUGUUAUUUGGAGAAAUGGACGAAGGUUUUUUCAAGAUAUUUGGUGAUUUUUUUGGGAAAGCAAACGCUCUUCGUAUUCUUCGUUUGCCCAACAUGCUUUGUCCGGUGGAGUCCAUGUUAUAUAACUUCUCAAGACUUAUCCACCUACGAUACCUAUCUCUAGGAACAGAGGAGACGCAGAUGGACAUACCACUUAGCAUCUCUAAAUUUUAUCAUUUAAGGAUUCUAGAUCUUGAGUUGUGGGAUGGCCGCCGUGAUUUGCCCGAAGACAUUAGCAACCUUGCCAAAUUGUGCCAUUUUUAUGUCCCAAGUGGUGAUCAGCUUCAUUCUGAUAUUUAUAAUGUGGGAAAACUUAAACUCUUGGAAGAGUUAAAGGUAUUUCAAGUCAAUAAAAAAAAUGAAGGGUUUGAACCAAAGCAACUAGAGCACUUGACCAUGCUAAGGGAGCUUGGCAUCUACAAUCUUGAGAAGAUAAAUACAGCAGAAGAAGCAGCUCAAGCAAAACUGAUGGAGAAAAGAUACUUGAGGAGGUUAACAUUGGACUGGGAUAGUAAGCGAUCUAGUGUUGAGCCUGGUGUGGAAGCAGCGGUUCUUGAUAGCCUUAAACCACAUGGAGAUCUUCAAGUGUUGUGCAUUAGAGGGCACAGAGGCCCUUCUUGUCCAACAUGGCUGGGUGAUGAGUUUGCUGUUGAAGCUCUACAUUAUCUUUGUCUCGUUGGUGUUUCUUGGGAAGUUCUUCCUUCUGUAGGGAAGAUGCGGAAUCUUCGUAAACUGGUACUGAAGCAUAUUGCCACAGUGAAAGAGUUUGUUAUAGAGCAAAGCUUUCGCUGGCUAAUCUGGUUUGAACUUGUUGGCUUGGAAAGUUUGGAAAAAUGGGUACCAUCAUCAGACGCUCAUCAUAUAUUUCCCCUUUUGCAAGUACUGAUUAUUAGAGACUGCCCUAAGCUCCUGGAGUUCCCAUUUUCAAACCACAUUGUUUACCGGCCAGAUCAAGACUGGGACAUAGAUUGGUUUCCCAAACUGCAAGAGCUUGAGAUACAGAACUGUCCAGAAUUAUCUUUAGUGCCUCCUAUUCCCUGGACGGAAACUCUAUGUUCUGUGAGUAUAAGGGGUGCAAUGCUACUUGAUAAGUUAGUAUACUCAAAUUCAUCGGAUGGAGUAAGAUUGGAUAUUGUUGGAAAGGAUGAUCUGCACAGUUUAGAUCAGGUGCUAGCAUUCAAGAACUUAACAAAGCUUGAGGAGCUGUCACUCCUGCAAUGUCCACCUCUAGAGUUAAAGCACCUUGUGCUGCUAACCUCAUUGAAGAGAUUAAUUGCAGAGAGUUCAGAUGCUCUGAUUGAGUCAUUAAGAGGUCAGGGUGAUGUCGAAUGGGAGCUUCCUAUUGAGCAUAUUGAGAUCCAGGAGUUAUGUGAUAAUAGUGGGAAGGAGUUGACAGAGCUCCUCACCCACCUCCCAUGUCUCUCUGAAUUGAAAAUAACAGAGUGUGGAAAGAUUACACAUCUGGCUGUGGGGGUGGAUCAGCAAGAAAUGACAUCAGCAGCAUCAGAGGCGGAGAAAGAUGAAAAACCAGCAGCAACAGAGUGGGAGAAAGAAGAUGGGCUGCUGCUGUUCCCUGCCCGUCUCUCCUACAGAUUAAGGGAGUUGGUCAUCUCCCACUGCCCAGAGUUGGUCCUGGUGGCUCUGCCAACUCUUCUUGCUGAUGGAGGGGGAGGGCUCCAAGCCCUGCAAUACCUAGAGAGAUUAAAAUUAAAGGAAACCCCCAAGUUUGUAUCUGCCUACUUAUUUGCCUCACCUUCCUGUCACCUUUUCCCAUCCUCCCUGCAAUUCCUCGAGCUUAAUGGGGUGGAAGGCAUGCGAACAGUAGAGCCCCUCUCAAACCUCACUUCCCUCACGCUAUUGGAAUUGAGGAACUGCGGAGAGGAUCUAAGAUGCAAGGGCCUGGGGCCUCUCCUUACCGCAAGGGGACAGCUCAGUGCACUAAUCGUCUAUGGCAGCCCAAGAUUCUUUGCUGUCUGGGAUGAAGAAGGAGAUCAGCAGCUGGAACUACUUUCCUACCCAAGUUCAUCUAAUCUGCAGAAGCUCUGGACAGAUGACGUCGUGGGACUCCUUGCCAUGCCCAUCUGCAGUUUCCUGUCUUCCUCCCUCACCCAGCUGCAACUUUCUGGGUCCAAAGAUAUGGAGCGCUUCAGCAACAAGCACGAGGAUGCCCUUCACCUCCUUGCUUCCCUCCAGGAACUCGAAUUUUUUGGUUUCGACAAGCUUCAGCACCUCCCUGCAGGGCUGCACAAGCUUACCAACCUCAAUGAGUUACAGGUCAGCAAGUGCCCGUCUGUCUGGUCACUGCCUGAGGAUGGCCUCCCCAGCUCACUGCAAAAGCUAGAUGUCUGGGACUCUGGCAACGAGAAGCUAAUACAACAGUGCAGGGGGUUAGUGGGAACUAUCCCAAAAGCAAGACUGCAAUUUUAG